AUGAAUUCUAUAUCCCAUCUACGAGCAGCUCUCAUAAACACACUCAGCCCUCGCGGACCUAGUCAUGGCGAACCGGAGUUAUUUGACGAACUGAACGAGUCUAGGGAUGCAUUGUAUAACUUGUUUGAAGUGGGGCCGAGGAACGGACAGGAGAAACGGGAGUUGGAAUCAGGUAAAAUUGUGGUCAACGGAAGACAGUUGGCUGUUAAUCAGGAUUUCUGCCGUCAAGUUCUCUUUCUCUCAGAGCAACUCGACGCGUCGGAGCGAUACUGUGCCGAGCUCCUGCACGCAGUCGAGACGGAGAGUCCCAACUUGAAUGCUGUCGCAGCAGUGGAGAGAGCGAUACUCCUACAUCACCGUAGACGUCGGGACCUUGGUGAAUGUCUGCGGCUCAUCUUCGAGGCCUGUGAAGUUGCAGACAUACAAGGUUCGCCCAGAAUCUACUCUGCAAUUAGGGCCUUCGCCCGAGAAUACGUACUCCCUCCUCGUCCCGACGCCAAGCACGACGACCUUGGCCUCACGCACAGAAUCUUCAAUACGCUCGAAGCCCUUGGGACUGAGCUUGCCAAAGCCCAUAAUGCCAGACAGACCGCUACAAGUAAUACUGUGAUCGUCCCUGAACCUGCGCAGGAAGUCCUUGAUGUUCGCUGCGAGUAUCUCAAAUCAGAGCGACGCACUUUGGCUACUGUGGUGUUCCUCAUUGCUCGGCUUGGAUAUUACGGACCAUUUGACGUCCAAAGAGCGGUUGAAUGGUUGUCCAACAAUCCCCAACAUGCCAUCACCUACUAUAUCCUGGCCGCCACUCUGGUCUCCCUCGAUUCGGUUGAUCCCCUGACCAUUGGCGGUCAAGUCAGAGGCAUUCUGGCCUUGGAUGAGGACAGGCAAUUGCUGCCUUACAUGAAGAAAAAGCUUGAUCCUGCGACACAGUGGAAGGAACCUGGUCUGAAAGCUACUGUACUGAUGAAGUGGACGCUCUUCCUGACUGAGGCUAGACAACGCAAUCCCGAGCUGGAAGACAAGGACAGCUUCAGGACUGAGCAGCUUGAGACCAACAUUUGGAAUGCGCUUCAAGGGGACGCAUUUACUUAUCUUCUUGCCAUAACCCUACGGCUGCAAAGGACCCUGAGAAGCUCGCUUCCGUCUUCUUUCGCAAAGCAAUUACGACUGCCCAUAGAUGCGGACGGUCUCGCGGAGUUGCCAGACCCCGAUUUCAAGCUGGCGAUCCUCGAAUCCUUCGACGCUCUGGUCCGCGGCCUGAUUUCAAGCGCUCUUUCCGAAUUACGGAAGAUCAAACAGCGCCAAGAAGAUCUGCUCUUGACUAGCUCUCGAACUGGGCGCGCUCCCUCUGGAUCUCGGGUACACCAGUCGGUGCGAUUCGCACCUUCAGGCGAACAAAGGCCUCCUAGGAACGAUAUCGCCACACUCUUCGCUUUCAUCGGCGUGCUGUACACUGCUCUACCUCCCGAUACCGCUCUGCAAUACUGGGGCGCGCACCCGCCUCAGACAACGCGUACUCCUUACAUCGUACUUACCGAAAUGCGCUCGCCCAAACUCCCUUCCUUUUUACAAUGGGCUGUGUGGUCGACACAGGCCCGCGACCCAGAUAUGUCAACGGCUCUGUAUGAUAUGCUUUCGGGAUUGUCUAAAGGCCCUCAGUGUGCAGAGCUUGCCUACAAUUUCAUGGCCCGAGGAGCAGGUGAGAUCAUGCCAGGGUUCGAUCUGUCUGCUUCGACUUCUAGUAGCAGUUACUCUAGCGUGCCCAUGGUGUCAUGGAGCACCAUAUUUGGCAUAUUGGAGUCCUGGGCGAAUGCUGCUUCAAACCAUCGUGCCCCUCCAUCCAACCCCCCAGCCGCUACUCAAUCGUCUAAUCAACCAUGGCAGCAACAGCAGCCGGCACCUCCCCCGCCGCAGCAACAUCAUCAUCAGCCAUUAAUGCUAUCUGCGAAGGACAUCUACCUCGCCGAUGCGUUCCUGCGACUACUGGCCACGACGGUCACAUACUCACCACCUGUGCGUGUGGCCGUCUGCUCGAACGUGCAGUUCCGUGCCAUUCCAACUCUACUAUCGCUUGUCCCUCUGCCGGUUCCUCUUGAACUCAAAGGCGCUAUAUUCGAAACUGUUGCAGCAUUCUGUCUCCCUGGUGCGGGUAUACAAGGGGUCGAAAUCUGCAGAAAUGUAUGGCUUGUCAUGGAGCGGCAAGAAAUCAUUGACGUGCGGGGCGGCGCUCGCCUCAAUCUCGCUGCUGUGAGAGGCGUCCAGGUGGAACUGGAAGAAGUGGAGUCGGUGCACAAGUUGUAUCCUGCGACGAUACCAUUCCUAAAGCUCCUCAGCACGCUUAUACAUACCCCGAAGCGUGUCCCAUUGAAGGUCCGUAUGACGGAUGGUGCACCGAUCCAGACAAUCCCAGAAAACCUUGGGUCUACCUACCGCUUCCCGGGCAUCGGUCCUUUUGUAUCCUUCGUCAUGGACACGGUGUUCUCGAAAAUCCCUGAUCGGGAGUACGCGAAACUUACGGACAGGCUCCAGAUCAAUGAUCUGUGUUUAUGCUUCAUGGAGCGAUGUAUCGCGAGCUAUGAACUCGAAGGCCUUCUCGGAAUGCAGGAAAGCGACGCUCGAAUGACGCCAGAAGCAUUAGCGUCCUUCGUGAUACAUCCCGGGUUUGACAUCAUGAAACGCCUCCUCACGGCAUCCCCAGUACAGUCGACCGUAUUAACCUUCAUCACGGAAUGCUUGGAUGAACUUGACAGAGGCAACAAGGACCACGAGCCUUUCCUUUCGAGCAUGAUCGUCCGCGUCCUGCGGAUCAUACUGCGUGUGCUAGAAAUCCAAGACAUUUACCUCGACAUGCUCAUCCCUGUAUUGUCCGAGAUGGAUGCUAUGCCCUUUGCUGGCGUAGUCCCACCCCGCUCCUACUUCCAGAAGUUAGACCAAGCUCUGGCUUUCUCCCCCCAGUUUGUUCCCCCUCUGGCGGCAUGUGUUGUGCACUCUAGUUAUCCAGAGCUGGCAUUUCUCUCCGUCAAGAUACUGCAUUCCCUCGCCUCUUCGUCGGCAUUCACGAAUCUGGCUGCUUUGAUUGAGAAAAGCAGUGACUCCGAUCGGAUACUGGAUGGAUACAGACGGCUAAUGGAAGCUGACACUGCGGAAGAUGUCGAGCUCGCGGAGGCAGCUGCUGAUCAGUGGACGGGUGCGGGAGCGGCAGAUACUGAAGACAUCCCCGUCUCUCUCUCCCAGGCAACCAAACUCGCCGCUGUGGAUCUGUUCAUCGAGAAUACUCAACCUGGAAAGAGGUACCCGAAUAUCGCGCACUAUCUUUUAUUAGGAGGAAUGGGCCCUGAUCAUCAUAUUCAAGACCCUCAUGCGCUGGAUGGCCGAGCUACCAGCAUCCACGUUAUAUUUGACAUGCUCACCGCGGGCAUCCCAAAGGUGAAGGGCCAUCACAAGGAACGGAGACGCCAGCAAGCUCGUCAUAUGAAUCCUUUGUUCAUUGCGCAACCUGGCCUUGCUGAGCGCCUCUACCAUGUCGUGUAUGAACUAUGUUCCCAUACUCAGACGUCAGACUUUACUAUGCGAUACUUGCGCACCCGAGAAGACUUCUUUGCAAGACAGCUGGCCGCUGUGACGUUUAAGGUGCCCACUCUCGAAGAUGAUCCUUUCGUCGAGGUGGUUUACACUGAUGGAACGCGCGUAACCACUACUGCACCAGUCCUCUGUUCUUUCCUCCGCCUGCGGUCAUGGAUCAUUGACAUGGCUGCGCUCGAGCUACACGUCCUAACGAACAAGGGCCACAGAAGAGCAGCGUCGGAUCUGUUAGAGAUUGUCUUUGGCAACGAUGAAGCUAUAUUUGAAGGUGUUGAUGCUGAGGGUUUAAAUACCACGGUUAUGGGGCGUUUCAACGAUGUGGGGCAAUCUCACAGCCGGAUCAUCGAAUUCCUGCACUCUCUGGAUUUUGAUUGGUCAGACAGUGUCGCGCCGGAACCGAUCGAGCUGCAGUUCUUGUCCCAAUUGAAUUUGCUCUCAUGUAUCCGCACGGACGACUCGGGUUGUGAAGUUGUCGAUGAAGCUGCAGUACUAUCUCUCCUUUCCGAUGCCCGUCGCGCUCUCAAUGCUCAAGGCAAGAUUAUCACUCCCACACAUGUUCAGCAGCUAGCGGCCGAGACUCACUACGUUCUCGAGAGCUGUGUAGUUGAGAACCACCGUCGGAAAGUUCAUUACGCCGUCUCCGCAGGAUAUGAAGCAUGGAGGAGACUAUUGGAUAUGACUCUCAUGAAGUGCUUCACGCAGUUGCCUCACGAUAACAGGGAAAACUUACUUUUCGACCUGCUGCACGCUCUGCCGAUGGCCAUCCGGUCACCCAACGUUGAAGAAAGUACCGCCGUGUUACUUUCCGAAGCUAUACUCUCGUGCAUCACGAAGUUGAGGGAAGAUAGGCGACAUCAGAUCAUCGUGCAGUCGGCAGGCGGAGAUACGGAGGCAGGCACUUUGCCCCUGGAGCGCCUGACCGCUCUACUCCGCAAUAUCUUGGACAUCAUUAUGGACACCAACAGUAACGAAUUCAUACGGGGCAACUUGUAUGCUGCGCUCAUUAACUACCAGCACCUAGUGACUUCCAAAGAUUCCGGAUCCGAGUCGGACAUGCGCAGUCUUUCAGCAUCCAUGCUCACCUCCUCCAUCACAGAUGUUUCUCUGUCCUCGAGCCAACUCCCAGUCGUUUCCCAGGCGGCUAGUCAGAAGAGUCGUCACGGCACAGCUACCCUAAGCAGUGUCAGCCUUGCCGUUUUGAAGGGUACAGCGGAUCGCUUAACCACUGUCGUAGCUCGUGACGCUAUAGAUGGUAACGAAGUAUGGAAGUCAAUCGCGUUCAUGUUGCUGGACGCCUUGGUUCACAUGUUCCGGCCGGAAGCGCAUAACAAUAUCCUCACAUCAUUAGUGCGGCACGGUGUCCUGGCGAACGUUGUCAGAGGGAUCAAAGAAACAGAUCUUCUGCUUCAGUCCGUCUUAGAGCCGGAACCUGAUGAUCUCAAUCCUCUUUAUAUCUAUGAGGCUAAGAUGUCUAUGCUCAUCCAGAUAGCGCAGACACGACAAGGAGCUGAACGCCUUCUCGAAGUACAGCUUCUACGUGUGCUUGGACAGUGCGAUUUUCUUGACGCAAGGCCAGAACUCAAUCAGGCUUUCAUAGACCAGGAUGACUUCUUACCAUCAGCUAUCGAACGCUACCACCAACUCUUCAUGCCUGCUUUGCAAGCCGUUGAGGCCAUCUUGGUGACUCUGGGAUCCCAGCACGUCGGUGCAGCUAAACAGGCCUUGGCUUUCCUAUCGAGCCAUAGGGAUACGAUCGUCAUAUUAUUGAAGAACGAGUCGUCAUCUACAAUCACGCUGUCAAUCGUCGAGGAAAUUCAUCUUUUGGUAUCGCUCUGUGUCUCUGUAUUACCAUUGGUUCCAAAGUCCGAAAUGCUUUCUUCGAAUGCAGGUUUCGGCGGCAUUCAUGCCGCGAUCCUGAGUUUAUCUGCUAGGGGCCUCGCAGCUGAGCGAUGGCUGCAUAACGUGCUCCCUCAGACGGAGGUUGAAAGAAGGGAUGCUACCGUUUACUUGCCUGGCCAGAAGUCUGAAACUAAGUUCAGUCAGUCGGUUAGGCAAAGGGAGCGAAUGCUGCGGGAGUCGUUGGUAGCAUAUCUAGGGGCAGCCAGUAAUUUUACUGAGCCCGAGUUCAACCUCGUACUUUCGCCGGUCACCACCUCUUCAUUCAAAGGAGACGGUGCCGCGCACUAUCAAGCUUUGAUACCCACUGUCGGAGAUGCCAUAGAAGCGUUGAACGAUAUUUGCGAGGAUCUGUCAAACACGCUGACGCAAAUCUCUGACAUUGCGGCCGAGCUCGCCAACAGGGAACAUCUGCAGGUGGAUCAUAUGCAGGAGAUACUAGAGAUUUCCGAUGCAGACUUCCUGGAUGAGCUAGAUAUAGGUCAGAAGCGAACCCUUGUCUGCCGAGUACUCGAAGACAUGGCAAGCGACGCUCGCAGAGUGGCGGGUACCCUGCUCACUACCAUUGAAAUGUUAUCACUCCUUCUAUGGCGGCAUCUUUUGCAUUAUGGCGAAGGGCGAGAUACCGCCAGUCUGCAAAUGAAAGCAUCACUAUCGCAGUCGAUGCGGUUUAUAACGGCUCCGGAUGCCAAUUCAUUCCGUGGAGAAGUGGGCGGGAGACUGGCGCCUGUGCUGCAGCAGCUAGUCUCAAUCGACCUCGAGUCCCCGGUCGCGCCCAAAGAAUGGCGUUCCAAUAAGGCUUAUCUCGAUACCUUGGUCCGCAAGCUUCGGGAGGUCGCCGAUCUCGGGGAACAAAAUGGCUACGCCGACGGUUUGUGA